CUCGCAAUGGCAGAGACAGAUCCGUGCAUCUUUUACUCAAUCGCCCGCAUAAUAGCUUGGCUGUCACGGCAUGUGCAAGAUGGGAUUCUCAUAGUAUGACUCCUUCCUUUAUUUGAUGCUCCAAUGCCCGGUCGACCUUUGCUACCGACGUAGCCUCUAUUCGGCGAUUAUCCGCAUGUUCGAGGCUCGCGAGUCUGCUAUUUGUAGAAAUGGAUCUUUGUGCCGACGAGAUCCGACCCACGUCCUAUAAAUUGCAAGGGCAUCCUUCACUCAGCCAAAGCCAAGAGACCGUUCUCAACCCAUCAUGUCUAUUACCUGCGAAAUCCAACACUCAGAUAUGAACUCGCAUUCAUGCUCCAGCGAAGCUCUAUACAAGAUCAUAGUCGCUACAUCUCAGAAGGCCAUCGUCGAUCUCUUAAACAAGCUCGGAGUUCACUUCCCCGAAUAUAGUCGCGAUCUUGAGCUCGAGGCCCACGUAAAGGCAGUCGUGCGACAAUGGGAGCAAGGAAACAUCAUGGAACCGCUUGCUGCCAGUGCCCUCGUUCUCACCACGACCGCCUACAGCCAUAUCGCAAGUCUUGAAACCAAGCUACAGAUCACCCUCUUCACGAUCUUGAUCGGCGCAUUGGACGACCCGUCCGUCUUCGAGUCCCUGCCCUCGCGCGAUUUCCAUCGUCUCAUGUGCGGCGGAACCGUCCGGAAAGAGGAGUCAGUUCUUGGUGCAUUCGCUGAGCUUCUCUCCGAUAUGUGGGCACAUUAUCCCCUGUUCACAGCCAAUACAAUUUUCACAUCUGCACUCCGCUUCAUCAACGCGUCCAUCGCGGAGAACGACUUCGCACAAGCGUCGCUGGGAUCGUGUACGCUUCCGUUCGUGGAGUACAAGCGGAGCAUGAGUGCGACCACAGAAGCAUACGCCUGUUUUAUAUGGGACAAAACGAGCUUUCCUGACGUCAAUGCAUACAUUGAAGCCAUUCCUGAUAUAAUGCUCUACGUGAGCUAUGUCAAUGACAUACUCUCUUUCUACAAGGAGGAGCUAGCAGGCGAGACGAGAAAUUAUAUCCAUGAACGAGCUUCUGCGACCGGCAAGACGACGGAAGAAACUCUCGCCGACGUCGUUUGUGACGUGGCUGAUGCCGUCAAGCGCAUCCACGACAUCCUGGGUAAAGGGCCAGCCAGGGACGCCUGGGAGAAUUUUGCGGCCGGAUACAUCACAGUACAUACUCGUAGUCCACGGUACCGCUUGCAGGAAGUCAUUGGAGAAAAGUAUUUACUGGACAUAAAUACCUGCUGUUGAAGUUGAAGACGGGGUAUUAU